ACUUUAUUCACACCGACACAGACAUACUACGCACGUCCACUACGCACACUUGUUAGUCAAGCCGCAUACUUUUCACUUUUUGUUAACUGUAGCAAACUGAAUCCAGUAUUUGGAAUAAUAACGUUACAAAGUUUAUUCAAAUGGCCACCAGUGGGACGUGGAAGUUGAGACGUUAUGGAAGACUUAUUCCAGCCUCCGGUAAAAUCGCUGAGAGAGAAUCCUGGAAGAUAUUUGAAGCAAAGAAGAAUGAGCCUGAAAUUAUUGGAAUGAUCUUGGACUCUGGAUAUUUCAUGGUCUUGCAGGGACAGGAAUGCUUGGAGACGAUUCCAUUGAUUGGUGCCGGCGACGUUCUCAAAAUCCACCAGAAAUCAGAAAACCUGCUGCUUCGCAAUACUGUAAAGGGAUCAGGCCGCGUGAUCAGGAUGCAGUUUGACGGCAGGAACAAGGCGCAGGCCAUCAAAGAGUGCUCGAGUGCCGCAGAACGACUCAGGGAGUAUCUGCCUGUCAACAUUGUUGAUGAUGAUGCUCUGCCACCAAAUAAUCAGCCCCCCACUGACGUCCCUGCACCGGCGACACAGACGUGUCCACAGCAGGGUGAGGCAGCCGAAGCCGAACCGGAGGUUGUCCAGGGAUCGCUGUCUAUAAAGCGCCUUGCCCAGAACCUCUUGGGAGAGAAGCCUCUGAUGCUGCCCGGGUUUUACCGUCACGCGUCUUCAGAACCUGAAGACCUCGACACCUUCGUGCGCGUUUGUCUGCUGGAUCCCAGCUUCCCUGCUUUGGUGGAGCAGGUGGAGGUCGAGCUGAGGAAAAUACUUGAAGAAUGAAUCAUCAUUGACAAGUGAAGGCAGAGAAGAGGUCAAGGCAGCGCUGCGCUUUUGUGUUUGCUGUUUUUCCCACGCCGUUCGCUACGUAGGUGUUCGCUCGCUUUGCGCUGCCGUCGACAUUGUUGUGGUCGCGCAUUAGUACUUAGCGCAUUUCAGAUUGUUGAUGAACACAGCUUUAACAAAAUUUAAGUUCAUUUUUGACAUUUUUUUUUUUAUUCAGAAAAAAAUAUUGGUCUUAUUCAUGUUUAAUCGUGGCUAUAUACUCUGGUCCCUCUGUUCUCACAUCAACGCAGGCCCGUUUUCCACCGUAACACACAUCAGUACAUUGUAUUGAAAGGAGGAGUCAUGCAGCUACAGCAGUAAAUGUCGCUAUGCCAGCUUCCAGGGGGUCCCAUGAUAUUAAAGCUCGACUGGUUAAAACAAACUGCCCUCCAUUUAAUCUAUUCAUGAAUAUAUUUUUGCAUAGGAUUAUAGCCAUGCUAUACAGUCAAAAAAUACAAGAUAAAAAUUAUUAAAUUAGGAAAUGUUAAAAAAAAUAUUUUUUUUUUUACAGAUUUUCCUAUUGUUUAAACACUCAUACUGCAACAUAUACAAGACAAUCUAUAGUUACUCUCAAAAGGAAAUCAAAGUAAUACAUAUACCAUUGAUAUUUAGUUAGUUAAACACAGAUUAUUCAUGAUCUGUUUUCACUCGCCAUUUACAUUUUGAAUACUGCCAGUCGCUGAAGCCCUUGCUUCACGAGAAAAGUUCAAUUGAAAAUGGACUCGUCGUCACAAAAUCAAACAUCGAUUGACCAUGAUAUACUGUACAAAUGUUCAAGAGGAAUAUAUAUAUAUUUGUGUGUGUGUGUGUGUGUGUGUGUGUGUGUGUGUAUAUAUAUAUAUAUAUAUAUAUAUAUAUAUAUAUAUAUAUAUAUAUACACAUAUAUAUACACACACACACAUAUAUACAGAUCACGAUGACCAUAAAAAAAACAUUUUGGGAUGCAAAACAAAAGCCACACAAGGGAUAACAACAGAAGAUGACUUUUCUGAGUACCCUAUUGCGUAAUUAUUUUGCAUGCAUUUACAUGAUAUGUCAUACAAAAAAGGAGUGGGGGUGGGGUGGGCAAAUCAUUUAAGGAGACAUCAACAUCAUAUCGGGGGAAAAAAAAGUGUACACCUCUGCGGUCAUAUGUAGUCACCAUUCGUCAUCCUGACAUCUCCAAGCGACAAGGCGUGCUUUCAGACUCCCAACUCCGCUUGCCUUUUGUUGCCAGUGUUAUGCUGAUAUUGUUUCUUGUAAAAACAGACAAGAUAUGCUUUUAUUCUUUUUUUUUUCUUCCUCAAGAUAGCCUGCAACUCAGAUGCCACUGUGUAGCUCCCCCCCGAAAAAACUGCAGUUUUACCAUCUCAUCUGUGAAGAGAAAAUAAAGAGAAGGCAUGACCACAGAUAAUC